CCCAGCAAUUUUCCGUCGGCAUGGAUCACCAGCCGUCAGCACGUGGUCUCUUCACACCUACCACGCUGCCUCUCCUCCUGCUCGUCGCCGGCCUGGCCGUCCUCUACUCUCUCCGCCGCCGGAGCAGCGGCGGCCGACACCUCCCACCGACCCCACCUGGGCUGCCCAUCCUUGGCCACCUCCACCUGCUCGCGCCGCUGCCCCACCGGGCGCUCCACCGCCUCGCCGGGCGCCAUGGCCCGCUCCUCCACCUCCGCCUCGGUUCCGUGCCCUGCGUCGUCGCCUGCUCGCCGGACGCCGCCCGCGAGGUGCUCAAGACCCACGAGGCCGCGUUCCUCGACCGCCCCAACACGACCCCCAUCGAACGCCUCUCCUACGGCGGCCAGGGCUUCAUCUUCUCCCCGUACGGGCCGUACUGGCGCUUCAUGAAGCGCGCGUGCGUGCACGAGCUGCUGGCCGGGCAGACCCUCGACCGCCUCCGCCACGUCCGGCGCGAGGAGGUGGCGCGCCUCCUCGGCUCCCUCCGCCGGACCAGCGCCGACGAGGGCGCUCACGUCGACGUCGACGCCGCGCUGAUGGGCCUCGCCGGCGACAUCGUCUCCCGCAUGGUGAUGAGUCGGCGGUGGACCGGCGAUGACACCGACAUCCAGGAGAUGAGGAGGUUGGUGGCCGAGAUUGCCGAGCUCAGCGGCACGUUCAGCCUGCAGGAUUACAUCGGCGCGUUCAGGUACUGGGACGUGCAGGGGCUCGGCAAGCGCAUCGACGCGGUGAACCGCAAGGUCGACGCCAUGAUGGAGCGGAUACUGACGGCGAGGGAGGCUGUGAGGAGGCUUCGCCGGCAACAGAAAGCGGCGGCCGACGGCGAGGAGGAGGAGAAGGACGUCCUUGACAUGCUCUUCGACAUGCACGAAGACGAAGCCGCCGAGAUGCGUCUCACCAGGGGCAACAUCAAGGCGUUCAUGCUGGAAAUGUUCGAGGCGGGGACGGACACGGCGGCGAUCACGCUGGACUGGGCGUUGUCGGAGCUGAUCAACAACCCGGACGUCCUCCGCAAGCUGCAGGCGGAGCUCGACGCGGUGGUCGGCAAUGGCCGGCUCGCCGACGAAUUGGACAUUCCGAACCUCCCUUACCUACAGGCCGUCGCCAGGGAGACGAUGCGGCUGCAUCCAGCAGCACCAAUGGUGACGCGGCGGUCGCGGGAGCCGUGCACGGUGGACGGCUACGACGUGCCGGCGGGGGCGACGGUCUUCGUGAACGUGUGGGCGAUCGGCCGCGACCCGGCGUGCUGGCCGGAGCCGCUGGAGUUCCGGCCGGAGCGGUUCAUGGACGGCGGGGCGAACGCCGGCACGGACGUGCGCGGGCAGCACUUCCACCUGCUGCCGUUCGGGUCCGGGAGGCGGACCUGCCCCGGCGCGUCGCUGGCGCUGCUGGUGGUGCAGGCGGCGCUGGCCGCCAUGGUGCAGUGCUUCGAGUGGAGCCCCGUCGGCGGCGCGCCCGUGGACAUGGAGGAGGGCCCCGGCAUGACGACGCCGCGGAAGCGCCCGCUCGUCUGCACCGUCUCGCCGCGCCUCCACCCGCUGCCGCCGCUGCAGCCGUGACGUCAUUGCAGGCGCAAAUUUUAUAGAAUUUUCAUAGGAAAAAGUUUAAUUCCUCUCUUUAUCUUGCAACAGUAAGUCAGAAAGAGUAUCUGAAUAGUAACAGUUUCUUUGAUCUGCUCGUCCUAAUAGUCAAAAUAAAGUCAAAAAAAUACUGCAAUGCGUACUUUUUUUCCCUAUACCAUUACCAGUUCAAUCUUUUUAAUAUUCCUGCAUUAUUGGACUGGUCGGCAGCAGUUGCUUGUUGAUUUGUUUCUCCUUUCUUCAAAAGAAAGAGAGACCAGAGCACGAGAGCUGAAAACAAUUGUAAACAAUGGAGAAACACCUCCGACCAUU